CGACUUUGCUGCCUUCCGGGUCUAACCCCCAGCUUCCCGGAUCCCUGCCUCCGGCCCCCUCCCGGCCGCUGACCGGCGGCGGUUCCGGACCUCCAGGCCGGGAUUUCCCGCUCUCCGAGGGCAGCGUGCUAGGCUCGAGAGCUCUAGUUGAGGUUGGGGAGAUAGGGUCCCUCCUGAAAGGGGGGAGGGGGCUCCCGAGUCCGGGGGCGCAGCGAGUCCGGCACCCCCCUCUUUCCUUCCUCCAGCCCCCAAGCCUGGUUCGCCAGCGCGAGGGAGGGUCCCGGGAGGGAAGGGGAGGCGUGAGGGGGACGGCGCGCCAACGGCGCUAGAAGGAGGAAAAGUUUUUGCAAAAAGGAAAAAAAAAGUUUGCGCGUCUUGCGGGUGGUCCAGGCUCCCGGCCCGGCAGGCGGGGCGGGGGGGCCGGGUUGGGGGGGCGGGGGCGGCACUGAGGCUGCGCCGCUGUGGCCCUGCCCGUCCCCCCUCCUCCCCCCCAGCUCCCCACCGCACACCCCCCAGCCCCGACUCCAGCCCUGGACUGCGCAUCCCGCGUCCCGAGUCCCGAUGGAGGUAUUCCUCCUCUCAGCUUUCCUUCACCUGCUCUUCACCUGAGGCACCAUGUUCAACUCCAUUACCCCUUCUGCCAUCAAUAGCUAUGGAGAAUCUUACUGUCUACCAUCCCUCCCUAGUCAGGGUGCUCAGGGCAUGGGCACUGAAGGACUGACUGGCCUUUCCUUCUGCCAUCAAACCAAUUUCAUGUCCAGUCCCCACAGCUAUGGGCCAACUCAAGAGACCACCAGCCACAGUACUGAGGCCCCGAUCUUUCCCCCAACCCGGAAUGCAGUCAAGAUGACCAAGAAGAGGGCACUGUCCAUCUCACCACUGUCAGACGCCAGCCUGGACCUGCAGACCGUCAUUCGAACUUCACCCAGCUCCCUUGUUGCCUUCAUCAACUCAAGCUGUGCCCCCCCAGGGGGGUCCUAUGGGCACCUCUCCAUCGGCACCAUCAGCCCAUCUCUGGGAUUCCCACCCCCGAUGAAUCACCAAAAAAGGGCUACUCCAUCCUUCAUGGCCCCACCCUGUGGCCCUCAUGACCCCACCCAGGGCAGGCUGAGGCCACCUCUCCAUCCCCGGGGACCCCUCCAGAACUACCAGCUGAAAUCUGAACUGAACAUGCUGGUAAACAAACAUACCGAGGAGCCAUCUGAAGGCAAUGUGUCCAGUCCCAACUCCACUGGCACACAGGAUGCUCUUUUGGGAUUAUUGGAUGGGAGGGAAGAAUUGGAGAAGGAGGAAAAGCCAGAACCUGAAUGUGUCUAUGAGACUGAUUGUCGUUGGAAUGGUUGCAACCUUGAAUUUGAUUCACAAGAGCAGCUGGUGCAUCACAUCAAUAGUGAGCACAUACAUGGUGAGAGAAAAGAAUUUGUCUGUCACUGGGGAGGAUGUUCCCGAGAACAGAGACCAUUUAAGGCACAGUAUAUGCUGGUGGUUCACAUGCGAAGACAUACAGGAGAAAAACCCCAUAAGUGCACGUUUGAGGGGUGCCGGAAGUCCUAUUCAAGGCUUGAGAACUUGAAGACUCACCUUCGAUCACAUACGGGUGAGAAGCCAUACAUGUGUGAGCAUGAAGGCUGCAGUAAGGCCUUCAGCAAUGCCAGUGACCGGGCCAAACACCAGAACCGGACCCAUUCUAGUGAGAAGCCAUAUGUUUGUAAACUACCUGGCUGCACCAAGCGUUACACAGAUCCCAGCUCCCUCCGAAAACAUGUCAAGACAGUGCAUGGCCCGGAUGCACACGUAACCAAGAGGCACCGAGGAGAUGGUCCCCCACCCCGGGUGCUGGCCCUUCCAAGUUUGGAUCUCAAAAGGGAGCAAGAAGGGGGCCCCAGCCGGGAUGAGGGCAAAUUGACAGUGCCUGAUGCUACCCUGAAGCCACAGCCAAGUCCAGGAGCACAGUCAUCUUGUAGCAGUGAUCGUUCCCCAUUAGGUAGUGUGACCAACACAGAUAGUGGUGUGGACAUGGCUGGCACUCUGGGGGGCAGCACUGAGGACCUGUAUAGCCUGGAUGAAGGCCCAGGGGCCAGUGGGACAGCCGGAGCUGGGGGUCCAGAACCUGGGCCUCCCAGCCUAUCGACCCUUCGACGGCUAGAGAAUCUAAGGUUGGAUCAACUCCGGUCGGCGUCUCGUGGCCUUAAAUUGCCUAGCCUGGCAGGCGCUGGGCCUACCAUGGUUGGUCGCCUGGGGCCUCCUUGCUCUGCUGAUUACAGAGGCAGUAACUCCAGCAGCGUCAGUACUGCCUACACUGCCAGCCGUCGCACCUCCCCUUUUCCUCCUGCAUCACCCCCAGAGCAUCCCGUGCCACGCCAAGGCCUUCCUCCUGCCCAGCACUACUUGCUUCAUGCUCGAUAUGGCACAUCCAGGGGGGCCAGUGCACCGGUCUCCUCUAUGCCCAGUUUGGAAAGGGCAGGGGGCCCCCCAAGCGUCUCAUGGAGGACUGGUGUUGAAUAUCCUGGCUAUGGCCCUGGAGCAGGGAUUACUCGGAGAGCCAGUGACCCUGCUCGAUCUGCUGGGCCACCCCCUCCAGCCAGAGUACAGAGGUUUAAGAGCUUGGGCUGUGUUCAUACCCUAGCCUCUGGGACCGGAGUGGGACGUAACUUUGAACCCCACCAAUCCUCCUCAGUUUACUCCCCUAGACCUCCUAGCAUCACUGAGAAUGUUGUCAUGGAAACUCUGGGGAUGAAUGAGGAACCAGAGAAUGGGGAUCCUCUGAUGAGCAGCGGCUUAGAUCCCUAUGUAGACUUCUCCCCAGCUGACCCUCUAGGUUACAGGGUGCUUGAAGGGAUGACAUCUGAAUCUUAUGGACCCAGGGGUUUGGGCACCCCUGAUCAUUACGGUUCUAAUUCUUGCCCUCAGCCUGUGCCCUAUCCCAACCCUCCCCCAGGAACAUGGGAUGAGUUCAAUUCCCCGACAAGGCUCUACCCAGCCUCCAAGGCCACAGUAGGCAGUGGAGAGGAGUGCCCGCAGCUCGGACCUUUUGGACAAGUUCAUGUCAAGCCGGAGCAGGAGUGCCUGAUGGACACUGUCCCUCCAGUGCUGGCACCUUGUCUCAACGCUCAUCCUGCUCGCAGCCCCUCACUCCCCCAUUCCUCAUUCCCUCAGCUUCCGCUCUCAAACUACACUCAGUCAUCCUCCUAUGCACAAGCAGCCCCUCAUAAUUCUUCAGAGUUCCAGGCUGGCCCUGAUUUUGUGACCUCCCCCGGCUCCACAGGGCAACUCAAGACUCAACUGGUCUGUAGCUAUGUGCAAUCUCAACAGGCCCUUCUGUGGGAGGGUGGAAGGAGAGAAGACACUUCCGGCCAAGACCUUCCUUACUGGAACCCCAAAUUCCUCGGGAGGCCUCAAGGGGGUUCAGACCAUGCCAAGAACUCAGUGACCAUGUAUCCCUCUGGUGUGACUCCCACCUUGCUCUCUCACAAGUCAGGAGCUUACCCUACCCUCCCGCCCUGCCAGGGGAAUUUUGGAGUGCCAGGGGAAAGAAGCCCCCAGAAGGCAGUACCGCCUCGAUUUCUGCCUCCUCUGCCUGCUUGCUAUGGGGCCCUCAAGGCAGGGAGCAGCAACCCCAGCUGUGGUCACCCGGAGGUAGGAGGAUUAGAUGGGGGUCCUACCCUGUGUCCCCCCCCAGAGGGACAACCGUGCAAUCCUCUGGACUCCCUUGACUUGGAUAACACACAACUGGAAUUUGUGGCCAUUCUGGAUGAGACUGAGGGUAUGAACCAUUUGUCUCCACAACCUGAGAAUAGUGCCCCCCAACCCCCACAUUCCUCUGUGCUCCCCAACAUGACUGUGGGUAACAUGGGUGUCUUAUUGGGGUCCUUGCCUGGAGAGACCCAGUUCCUCAAUUCUACUGCCUAAGAGGCCUCAAUUUGUAAAAGGAUCUCUGUUACAGGGAACCUGGAGGCUACAUUCCCUUGUUAGAUUUCAGCACAGGGAGCUGGGCUGGAAGACUGUACCAAGUCUGUAUAUAUUUUAGGGAGGAUUCUCCUUGAAUUUAAUAAUGAUACAAUUUCCUGAUAAUAAAGAAAUUGCUUAAGUAGGAUCCUUGUCCUCCAGUGUUGUUGUAGGGGAGAGAAGGAGCAGGGUGAAAUGGAGAAUUCAAACUAAUUUAAUAAGCACUUAUUAUGCACCCUUUAUGUGCCAGGAACCUUGCUAGAUGCUAGAGAUUACAAAGAAAAAAGAGGAAGAAUCCUUCCUCCGAAAGAGCUCCCAUUCUAGAGGGGAAAACACAGAUAAGUACCAAGUUUAUGCAAGUUUAAUAAAAAUAAAAUCAGCUCUAGAAAGGUAAAGCAUGAUAGGAAUAGAUUGAGGGAGAAGGAUAGGUAAAAACUUCCUGUAGAAGAAGGCAUUUGAACUUGGACGGAAAUCAGAGAUUCUCUGAGGUAGUGAAGGAAAAGACGUGGAGGACAGCUUGUGCAAAGAUGCAGACAUAGAAGGUGGAAUUCUGAGUAUGAGGAGUGUUAAAAAAAAAAGGGGGGGGGCAGUUUGGCUGGAAUGGGGAAGGAAUUAGAGGGAGAAGCAUGAAUUAGUUUGGAAAGGUUGGAAUAAGAUUGCAUAGGAGUUAAGUGCCAACUAGAAAAGUUUUAUCUUAGAAGCAAUAGGGAACCACUGAGGCUUCUUGAAUAGGAGAGUGACAAUUUUAUAUAUAUAUAUGACGAGGCAUGGGGGAAGGAGG